GGGAGGAAGCGGGUGGGUGGGGGGAGCCGCAGCUCCUCAAGACAGUCUGUCCAGUCCCGUGUGAACCGGGGAACAGGACUCGCAAGCGAGGAGCCUCCGGAGAUCAUGAAGUAUUCAACAGAACUCAUGCAUAUUCUGGGCAUUGCUGACUCUCCUGCUGAGCUAUCCAUUGGGUCAGAUGUUUCUGUGUUCCUGCCCAGCUCGCUGGUGCUCCUUCUCCUUGUCCAGUUGCCACCCUCACAAGGACAGGCCAUCAAUCAACAGGCCCAGCAGCCACAACUCUGCAGAGAAGAUCUCCUUCCACUAGACUGCGAAGAUGUUUACGACCAAGGCUCUGAGACGGACGGCGUGUACCUCAUUUACCCAGCAGGCCCCAACAUCCCUGUGCCUGUGUACUGCGACAUGACCACCGAUGAUGGGAAAUGGACGGUUUUCCAGAAGCGCUUCAAUGGUUCAGUCAGUUUCUUUCGGGGUUGGAAUGACUACAGAUUUGGCUUCGGCAGAGCAGAUGGCGAAUAUUGGCUGGGGCUGCAAAAUAUCCAUCUCCUGACCCUUAAGCAGAAAUAUGAGCUACGUGUGGAGCUGGAGGACUUUGAGAACAACACAGCCUUUGCCAAAUUCUCUGACUUCUCCAUUUCACCAAAUGCGAUCAGUGCAGAGGAAGAUGGUUACACGCUACAUGUGUCCAGCUUUACUGAUGGAGGGGCAGGUGACUCGCUGUCUUACCACAGUGGCCAGAAGUUCUCCACCUUUGACCGCGACCAGGACCUUUAUGUGCAGAACUGCGCAGCCCUCUCUUCAGGUGCCUGGUGGUUCAAGAGCUGCCAUUUUUCCAACCUCAAUGGCUUCUACCUAGGCGGAGCCCACCUCUCCUAUGCCAAUGGCAUUAACUGGUAUCAGUGGAAGGGCUUCUACUACUCCCUGAAGAGAAGCGAGAUGAAAAUACGCCGUGUCUGAGACCCAGCCUGGAUGGUGGCCUCUUCCCAGUCCCCACUCCAGCAGUCUCUGGAAACAGGAUUUAGGAUGGAUUGCCAAUUGUUAUUGUUAUUUUUAAAACAAUAUGGUGGAAAGGGAAUUGGCUCUGGGAUGGAUUCAGUAAGGGACAGGGUUGCCAUGGGAAACAUGUCUGCACUCACACAUUUAAGCCAGUUUCAAACCCUUUUAAUUGUUGCAUCUGCAAAAUCAGAAUCUAGAUAAGGACAGGGCAACCUGUCUGGUCCUCCGACGAAUUUCCAAAGCCCUCUGCAAGCAGUUAGCUCAAAACUUGGAUGACAGUGAUCUGACUCUUCCCUGGCAACCAGCUUGGGUGGGAAGGGACAGAAAGGAAGAGGGGUGGUGGAGAGAGAAAAGGUGGUGCUCUGCCCAAUUUUGGUGCCUACUCUUCCCACUGCUGGUUUCUACCCAUUCAUUCCUGGCUCAGAUACUCUGACAGAUUAUAUCU